GGGCGGCGGCGGCGGCGGCGGCACCAGCGCAGUUCCCCUCUCCCCGGCCCUGGCUCCACGCGCACAUGCGCACUGCGCCCGCAGCCCUGGACCAUUUGUCAGGACUACACUCGUGAGACCGAGAGAGAAAAAAAAGAGAGAGAGAGAGAAAUUUUGGGGACUUUCCAGAGAAGCCUUGCAGGUGGACAGCGAUCAUAAAGACCACCAGAUAAUUAUUUCUUCACCGCCACUAGGUUAAAAAAAUAAAUCAUGACUGAAUCUGCCUCUAGCACAAGUGGUCAAGAAUUUGACGUAUUCAGUGUUAUGGACUGGAAAGAUGGAGUAGGUACAUUGCCAGGAAGUGACUUAAAGUUUCGAGUAAAUGAAUUUGGAGCCCUGGAAGUUAUAACAGAUGAGAGUGAGAUGGAAAGUGUUAAAAAGGCAACAGCUACCACAACUUGGAUGGUGCCAACUGCUCAAGAAGCCCCGACCUCUCCCCCGAGCUCCAGGCCCGUAUUUCCACCUGCCUACUGGACAUCUCCACCCGGAUGUCCCACAGUUUUUUCAGAGAAGUCUGGGAUGCCCUUCAGGUUGAAGGAGCCAGUAAAAGUAGAAGGGCUUUCAUUCUGUGAGAACUGUUGUCAGUAUGGCAACGUAGAUGAAUGUCUUUCUGGAGGAAACUAUUGCAGCCAGAAUUGUACUCGGCAUAUCAAAGACAAGUAUUGUUUCCUGUCAUUAUUUUGGGUUUACAACAGCAGAGAUCAGAAGGAGGAAAGGGACCUAGGAGAAGACAAUGAGGAGGAAGACCCUAAGUGCAGUCGGAAGAAGAAACCGAAGCUAUCUCUGAAAGCAGACUCCAAGGAGGAUGCAGAAGAGAGAGAUGAUGAAAUGGAGAACAAACAAGAUGGGAGAAUCCUGAGGGCUUCACAGAGAGCCCGAAGGAAAAGACGCGCGGAUUCAGCUGUGUUAAAGCAGGGUUUGCCUCCCAAAGGAAAGAAGGCCUGGUGCUGGGCAUCCUACCUGGAAGAGGAGAAGGCCGUGGCCGUGCCAACGAAGCUCUUCAAGGAGUAUCAAUCCUUUCCAUAUAACAAAAAUGGGUUUAAAGUUGGCAUGAAAUUAGAAGGCGUGGACCCUGAGCAUCAGUCCGUGUACUGCGUCCUCACAGUGGCUGAGGUUUGUGGAUACCGGAUAAAGCUGCACUUUGACGGGUAUCCUGAUUGCUAUGACUUCUGGGUUAAUGCAGACGCUCUGGAUAUUCACCCAGUUGGGUGGUGUGAGAAAACUGGCCAUAAGCUGCACCCUCCCAAAGGUUAUAAAGAAGAAGAAUUUAAUUGGCAGACUUACCUGAAGACAUGUAAAGCUCAGGCUGCUCCUAAGUCAUUAUUUGAGAAUCAGAAUAUAACCGUGAUCCCAUCAGGCUUCCGAGUUGGAAUGAAGCUUGAAGCUGUAGACAAAAAGAACCCUGCAUUUAUCUGUGUUGCUACGGUAACAGAUAUGGUGGACAAUCGUUUCCUGGUACAUUUUGACAACUGGGAUGAGAGCUAUGACUAUUGGUGUGAAGCAUCCAGCCCACACAUUCAUCCUGUUGGUUGGUGUAAAGAACAUAGAAGAGCCCUUAUCACUCCUCCAGGUUAUUCAAAUGUGAAACAUUUUUCUUGGGAUAAAUAUUUAGAAGAAACCAAUUCUUUACCUGCUCCUGCAAGAGCUUUCAAAGUGAAACCUCCACAUGGAUUCCAGAAAAAAAUGAAGCUGGAGGUCAUAGACAAAAGAAAUCCCAUGUUCAUUAGAGUGGCCACAGUUGCAGACACAGAUGAUCACCGAAUAAAAGUUCACUUUGAUGGCUGGAAUAGUUGCUAUGAUUACUGGAUAGAUGCAGAUUCUCCUGAUAUUCACCCUGUGGGCUGGUGCUCAAAAACCGGGCACCCUCUUCAGCCUCCUUUGAAUCCCUUAGAGUUAAUGGAAGUUUCAGAACAAGGUGGAUGCUCAACCCCAGGAUGUAAAGGGAUUGGUCAUUUUAAGAGAGCGAGACAUCUGGGCCCGCAAAGUGCUGCCAACUGUCCCUAUUCAGAAAUCAAUUUAAACAAAGACCGCAUCUUUCCAGAUCGCUUAAGUGGGGAAAUGCCUCCGGCUAGUCCAUCAUUUCCGAGAAAUAAAAGGACAGACACAAAUGAAAUCUCCUCAUCUCCUGAAAUCAGAGAUCAGCAUGCUGAUGUCAGAGAAGAAUUCGAAGAGAGAACAGAAAGUGAAGUAAGGCCGUCACACGAAGCCAGAGGUGCCCGAGAAGAACCCAGUGUACCGCAGGCACAGCGUCGGUCGGCUGUCUUUCUGUCCUUUAAGUCCCCAAUCCCAUGUCUGCCCUUGCGCUGGGAGCAGCAAAGCAAGCUUCUGCCAACUGUGGCCGGAAUCCCUGCCAGUAAAGUUUCCAAGUGGAGCACAGAUGAGGUAUCAGAAUUCAUACAGAGCUUACCAGGGUGUGAAGAGCAUGGAAAGGUAUUUAAAGAUGAACAAAUUGAUGGAGAAGCAUUUCUGCUUAUGACACAAACAGACAUUGUUAAAAUCAUGAGCAUUAAGCUGGGCCCGGCUCUCAAAAUUUUCAAUUCUAUCCUGAUGUUCAAAGCUGCAGAGAAGAACUCUCACAAUGAACUUUGAAGAUGGUGAAUUUUGGAUACCAUCAGCUUUCUGCUUUAAAGCUCAUGUUUUAUUCAAAGCACAAGGACCAUUCUAACUCCUCAGUGAGAAGUCUCCAAAACUCAGAAGAGCAAUGUGAUCAGAUUAUUUAUAUUCCUCCAGAGACAAUGUAUAUGAAUUCCUAAGAAAGUGCUUGAGCUUUUAACCAGGUACUGUCUAACAACAGUCAUCCUUUGGUUCUGUUCACUGAGCUAAAUUUAUCUUUGUAAAUCUUUUUGAGGCUGGGGGUGGGGGGAGGUGGGAGGACAAGGGGGGCUUCAUUAAUUAUUUAUGGACAAUGGGGGGCAGAGUAUGACUUUUUGGCAUUUUGUAAACAUUGAUGAAUUCUCUUUCAUGUACACUGUUUCUUUUUCAAUACUUUCAGGAAUCUUUUUUAUAUAAUCAAAUUUCAACCUAAACCAAAAUAGUGUCUAAACCUGGCUAAGUUCAGCCAGCGGGACAGGUUGGUUAUCUGUAUUGUUAAUUCUGUGCCAUAUUUUGAAUUGCAACAUUAUGCUAAGUAUAACUUUGCAAGUCAUGAUAUUGCCUAACUGCUUGUUAUCGUUGGGGCCGAAUCGUUGCAAAAAAAUCACUUUUCCUUAAAUCUAUGUUUUUGUUUUUGCUUUUGCACGUAUUAUGAAAUGUUAAACAAAUUAAUUUCACCAGCAUCUUUACUAUAAUUACCAAAAAUCAUGUAUAUAAGUAAUGGAAUUGAAAAAUAAAAUAUAUAAGCAUAAAUAACUUAGGGGAUGCCCUGUGUGCUGGGCUCUUGUAGAGUCCAAUGUCAUGGAAUAUGCAGUUACAUGGGGGGAGGGGAGGGUUGUAAGGAUCUGAAACUAUUUAUGAGAUUAUCGUGAGCUUCUCUCUAAUUGUCAUUGAGGUGCUUUUCAGAGAUCGGUGAAGGGCUUGUUCUGUCCAUAGAAACACUAAUCCCUAAGCAGCUCUGUCCCAGAUCUUGCAGUGUCCUCCAAACCCGAAGGUGCUCCUUCAGGGUUGGCUGUAGAGAGAGGCGUGUUGAAUUGACCGAGGAGGCAAGGUAUGAGGGAACAACACCAGCAAAGAUUCUCAAGGCUCACAGACCAGGGAGGCGACUUCCCAAAACAAUCACUCGAGACCCUCCAUGUUGGAGAGAGCUCCCCUCGCUGUGUGAGCAUACGGAUGCACUUUAAAUGAAAGCCCUUGAUUACCUACACCGUGGUAGCUGGUAGCGUUUCUUUUGCAAGAAUGCAUUUCCAACAGAAAGAUAAAUUAUUUUGUCAGCCUUUGGAUGUAAUUUCAGGACUGAACAUGAAUUCAAGGUCUAUCUUAAAAGUAGAAAGUAGGUUUGCAGCAUGCUGUCUGAAUUCUGAGGAAGUUGCACCCCUCUUCAGUUGCUCUUUUUUUUUCUGGUGUAGAAUUUCCUUUCCUGUCUCCCCCUUUCCUUCCCCAGUGGAGGUCUGUUAGCAGUCUUUUGCCUAUGUCAUCAUUCCAGGUAAAAACAGGGUCACGAUAUCUAGUGUUCCUUUCUUUCUUUGCAUGAAUCUGCUUCAACAAGUUUUGCUUUGUUAGUUUUCGUUUCCCUUUUUUAUGUUUUGUUCAGAAUUUGUACAUUCAAAUUGCACUUGUUAUAUCUGACAUGAAUGAAAUAAAAUCUUAAUUGCAGAUA